AUGAUUGCCGGUUCUCACAAUUUAUCACAGGCCUAUGAUGGAGGAAUUCCACGUUUGAAGACUUCUACCAUCCUGAGAGUUUUAUUCAGUCCGCCAUUUUAUCCACCCUUGCAUACGGAUCAUGCCGAACAGGAAGAUAAUCCUAAUGGGCAAGUAAAUGGGAAAAUGUCACGAGGCAACCGAACUCGAAACUCGAAUUCCCGUGGUCGCGGAUCACGUAAAACCGUUUGGUUGGGUGGUGGAUUUAUUACCGGUGAUGAUGAUUUGACAGGAAUCGGGAUUUUACUUGGUUUGGUGAUCGCUGUCGGCCUGUUUGUUUGCUUCGUCUUGCUGAUCGUCACCAUUCUUCUACGCCAGGCUCAUCAUCUCCGUCAAAGGCGUCGUCUGGUGAAUAUAACCGCAUCACCAAAACAUGCUGACACAGGUUCGGAUGCGGCACAAUCGAAUCUGACAAAAAAGCCGACUCCCACUCCGGAUAUUCAGCUUAUGGAUACACAAUUGUACACUCCGUUUGUUGGACUUUAUCAUUCAGACGCACCAUCAACAUUUCUCUCGAUACAACGAACCGGUUGGAAGGAACCGGUUUUGGUGGAUCCGAAUUCCAUGUGCCCUUAG